AUGUCUACAUUCAGCGGCGAUGAAACUGCUCCGUUCUUCGGCUUCCUUGGCGCAGCGGCCGCCCUCGUCUUCUCCUGUAUGGGAGCUGCGUACGGGACUGCAAAGAGUGGUGUUGGUGUGGCUUCAAUGGGAGUGAUGAGACCUGAGCUGGUGAUGAAGUCGAUUGUCCCUGUGGUUAUGGCUGGUGUUUUGGGUAUUUACGGACUGAUCAUUGCUGUUAUCAUCAGUACCGGUAUCAAUCCAAAGGCUAAGUCUUACUACCUCUUUGAUGGAUACGCACAUCUCUCCUCUGGUCUCGCCUGUGGUCUUGCUGGUCUCUCAGCUGGAAUGGCCAUUGGAAUCGUGGGUGAUGCUGGUGUCAGGGCAAAUGCUCAGCAGCCUAAGCUCUUUGUUGGGAUGAUUCUUAUCCUCAUCUUUGCGGAAGCGCUUGCUCUCUACGGUCUCAUUGUAGGCAUCAUCUUAUCGUCUCGAGCUGGCCAGUCCAGAGCAGAAUGA